AUGACCACAGGACAGACCACACCAACCGAGACUGACGACGGAAAUAACACCACACCCGGUACAGCAACACAGACCGAUGACUCUGAGACCGGAACCACUGACACCGAGACUGCUGCCCCUACCGAGACCGGCGACAACCCAUCUACUGUUGGAAACUUCCGCCUUCUCGGCUGCUACAGCUCCGACGAGGGCUUUCCCGGGUUCUCCGCCGAAGUGACUAAUGAUGAUAUGGACCUCGACAUCUGCGCCGAGGAGUGCGACGGAGAGAACUAUUUCGGAGUCUAUCGCAACCAGUGCUUCUGUGGGACCGACCUCGAAGGCAUGAUGAGCACCGACAUCGACAGCUGUGACAUCGCCUGCCCCGGCGACGGCUCCGAGUUUUGCGGUGGCGAUAUCACCCCUAACCGCCGUCUCCUCAGGCGCCAGGACAUCUCCAACAACAUUCUCUUGUCCGUUUACGUUGCCAUUGGAUUCGUCCCCGACGGCGAGGACACUACUGUCACCACCACCUUCGUCUCCACCGUCACCGGUGAUGCCGGCCCCGUUGCCACAACUGUUACCACGGCGGUCGUCUGCAGCGGCGGCAUCUGUGGUGGCGGUCCUUCCGGCCCUGUGUUCAUCUUCAACAUUUUCACUUGCCAGGAGUGUGCCGGUGAGGAGGUCUAUUUCGCCAAUCCCUGCUCAUGCGUCGGCGGUGUCGAGUACGUGCCUCACGUCUGCGACGCGACCUCUUGCGCCGGGAAGACUGUGUACAAGCCUGAGGAGAAGCCGUUCGGCGGUUCCAGCCAGAUGUACUACCCCACCCCUUGCAACCACGCCGACUGCAGCACUGGCUCCACGACCAUGUUCAAGCCUUUCCGCGAGGGCCAGGCGGACUACACAGUUCCCAUCAGCCCUGCGGGCUCUGGCGACAACGGCAAGGGCCCCAACGAUGGUGGUGUCAAGAGCGGUGACGGCGGCUCCAAAGGCAAUGGCGGCGGCUCCAAAGGCAAUGGCGGCGGCCCUGGCUCUGGCAACGGUGACGCCGGCACUGGCUCUGACAACGGUGUCGUUGGUGCUGGCGGCCCCGGUAAAGACGGUGAGCCCGUGCUUGUGUCCCUUGGCGACAAGCAAAUGGUCACCACUCUUGCCCUCGUCAUCCUCUUCCCGGUGGCUGGCGCCCUUGCUGGAUGGUUUUAA